CAUGGCAUGAUGUAAUUUCAUGUUGCAACUAACAUUAAUCACCGACGCUCCACCAGAUUCGUUUCCAUCUAUUUCAAUCUCCUUUCCUUUCUACUCUUUUCACUGUAUUUUCUACUGUAUAUAUCUAUAAUCUAUCUUCAUACAUUUCCUCUAAAGUGACCUGGAAAACAUUUGAGAGCCGCUGUCACACACAAUACACACUAACCCUUUUGCAUUUCAAACAAAAGAAAAACCCACAUAAAAAAGAUUCACAAAUUCUAAUCCGUCUUCCAAAGAUCCAUAUGUAGGGUUCUUUACAAACCCCCUUUUCAACUCAUGGCUUUUUGAUCUUUGUCUGCUACUCUAGGUGAGCAUUUUUUUCGAUCUUUUUUUAAGUAGUUCAUUUCUCAAAUGUGCGAUUUGUCUUGUACCAAUGGUGGGUUCAAAGGGGUUUUAUCCAAUUUGUAAGUGGCUACGUGUGUUUCGAUUCGCGAAAUCUUUGGAUUUCAUUGAAUCUUGCAGAUACAACUUCGGAUCUGUUCAUAGCUAUGGCGGAUGUUGACGAUAUCAUGGUUGUUUCGGGAAAUGGGACUACUCAUGACGCAGAUCAUGACUACGAAGACGAUAAUGAAAUCAUAGCCAGGAUUCCCAAUUAUGAUUCCGAAGUCAAAGAAGGAAAGGGGAAUUCCAUGGAUUCCUUCACUGAAGAAAUCGAAGAAAGCAACAAUCUUGAUGCUCUCAAGGAACUUCAAUUGAAAGAUAGCGAUGUAUCAAGUCAACCCAAAUGUCAAAACACUACAGAUGACAAUUUAGGCCUUAAAAUUGAUACAAAAAAGAAAAUAGAAGCAAAGAAAACUUCUUCAGUGAAACAAUUUGAAAAAAAGAGUGGCAAUUCAAAACCUGCAAUAUCUCAAGUUAAGGCCCAUCUUUCUAAGCAACAUGGAAAAUCUGAUUCAACAACAUCUACUGCAAACAUUGUGCAAUCUGAAGGUGUCAAGGAUAAGGUCAAAGUGAAGUCAAUGAAAACAGUUCAAGGAAGUUCAACUGAAGCAAGAACACAUUCUUCUGAAAGCUCAACAACAGGAGAUGAAAAGCCACAAAGACUUGGCACACUUCCAGCUUAUAGUUUUAGUUUUAGGUGUAAUGAAAGAGCUGAAAAACGUAAAGAGUUUUAUUCUAAGCUGGAGGAAAAGAUCCAUGCAAAAGAAGAGGAAAAGAAUUCUCUUCAAGCAAAAACCAAGGAACAUCAAGAAGCUGAGAUUAAAAUGUUACGAAAGAGUCUUAUGUUUAAAGCUACACCAAUGCCAAGUUUUUACCAUGAAACUCCUCCUAAGACAGAGUUAAAGAAGAUUCCAACAACACGUCCUAAAUCUCCAAAACUUGGAAGGAAAAAGGAGUCCCCCACAGGAGAAGAGAAUGGUGGCAGUGUUUUUCGACCUCGAUUAAGUUUGGAUGCAAGAAAAUCUUUAAUUUCCAAAACUGCCCCUAAAGGUGUAGUAACAUCUUCUGUUGUCGCAAAGAAACCAACAAGGAAAUCUCUUCCUAAGCUACCUUCUGAAAAGACCAAAAUACCCUCGGACUCCAAAGAUAGAAAAGAAGCCCCUUCCUGUGAAAUUACAAUAUCGUCCGAACUUGAAAGUCAACCAAAUAAAGAUUCAUCAUCGCAUGUUGAGGAGGAAAAAGCCGAGGUAUUGGCCAAUUGAAAUGAUGAGAAAUGUUUUGUAUUUCAAAAUUCCAUUUUCGCCCUCGGGAGUAUAUAAUCAGAUGCAUCAAUUGAAAACUGGAGGUGGGAAGAUUUUAUUUUCUUGUUCUAAAUCUUAGUCAGUUGGGGUGACCUGCCUGCGAAGGGUAAGUUGGGUAAGUGUUUUUUGUGAGAAUGGUGAUGUGACCAUUUUGCCCUUAUUUGAGCAUUGGAUGUUUAGUUUUCCCUUUGGACAAUUGAUUCCUGAAUGUGGUUUAGUUUAUUACUAAUUAUUAUUAUGAAGAAACUGUUUCAGAACUUAAUUUGACACAGGCACUUGGAAUUUGUGUUGGAUGUCUCAACAAAACUUGUUACCUUGAUAUGAUGAAAUUGUUAAUUUUAUGUAUUUUAUAUUUU